AUGCAACUAUUUCUUAUUCUGGUAACGGCAGCAUUAUAUAUUGUCUGCAUUGUCACAGGUCAAAACACAACCAAUACACAGCUCUCUACAUGUGGAUGCUGUCCAUCACCAUACUGUCAAGCAAAAGCAACACCAUGUUCAACAAAUUCUGACUGUGAAUGUUUGAUGAUGGCAAUGACCGGUGGAGGAAUGUGUACGGAUACAGUUAUAUCAUGUAAAGAUUUGGUUCCAUGUGCAAAUGAUAAUAAGACAUGUUCGGCACCCAAUACUGUAUGUGUCAACAACACUCGAUGCAGCAUUCCUGUUUGUUAUCCGAUUGAUCGUGCCUCUUCUCAGCGAUGUCCACCGUUGACUUCGGGAAUUUCAAUCAUCAAUACAGGCUCAACAACUAUGACAACAACGCGAUCGGCAAUGUUAAUAGCUACCACAUCAUCAACACCGAUGCCAUCAGUAACCACCACAUUAUCGACAACACCAAGAACAACAACACUAUCGGCGACAUCGACAAAUGUUGUAACAACGACGACCUUUGUGCCUAGCAAUAUUGCACUGAAAGCUUUUCCUGCUGAAUUCCAACAAACAAGUAUAACAUGA